GUUUUCUGCGCACACUGAAGGGAGCGACAUUCAGACUUUCGAGGAUCUACCCUUCUCUCGCGUUUACUCAAAAGUUUCACAGCUUCUCUCGGGUAAUGGAAGAUCAAACGCACCAUGGCCUGCACGAGCAUUUGGAGGCGAUACAGAUGCAAGCGGAUGGGCAUCCACUGCAAGAAAACGAGCACGAGAGUAUUGAAAUUGCCGCAAACCAUCAUGCUAGUGUAUCGGAGGAAGACAUCAAGCCUAAAAUUCGCGGCCAUUCGCGUUUGUUUACUGUCUUGAGGUGCAGUAAAUGUAACAAGAGAUUUCGAAACCCCAGUUUGCUACAGCAACAUGUCAAGUUGCAUCGUGGGUCGACGGUUUACCGUUGUAGGCAAUGUCGGGAGAACUUUCGAGAGUUGAACAAAUUCCUAGAACAUAGAUUGGUUCAUCCACCAUCGAGAAAGCGUCGAAGAACACUGGAAAGUAAUGGAUUUCAGCUUGUGCAUAAAACAACAGAAAAUCAUCCUGGAGUGGCCGACUCGGUGUCUGCAGAAGCAGCACAGGGCAUGGGUUUACCAUCAACCUCAUCAAUCAUGAAUGCAUUGUGCUCUGCGUUGAGCUCUCAAGCUGAUGGUCAAAACCAGCCAACAUCCACUGUUUCUGCAAAACCUGGAGGGUCAGAGGGUAUACAAAUUGAACUGCCUACUCAGGUAAAAGCAAUUUAUUUCAAUCACCAGUCACCAAAUUUUAGUGAACUUAUGAACUUUAUGAUGAUGGUUAAUAACAAAAUGGAUGCAAUCAUUAAGCAUUUUAAUGUCCCUACAAAUGCUCAGUCAACUGGUAUUGAAAUACAAACCCUGAAGCCGCAACCAGAAGAACAACAGCAACAGCAUCAACCUGAGACCACAACAACACCAACGCCAACACCAACACCAACAUCAAGUCAGCAAACACCUCCAGUUGUGCAUACACCAACAACAAAGGAGCAGCAGCAACAGGAGUAUUAUGCCUCAACAUUGAUCUCAUCAACACCCUCAAAACCUUGGUUAAAUGUGUUGUCCUCUCCCUUCACAUUGAACAUUCCUCAUAUUGCUGAGCAAGCAGUAAUUCAACCUGGAGUAUUACAAACCUCUUUAUCAGGUGCUGCUACAAUGUCAUAUGUCAUAUCUGAUUCUAUCAUCGAGAAGGUUUUUCUUGAGAGUCGAUCACGUGGAAAUUUUGCCAAAAAUCUAACAUUUCAAGUAUUCAGUACUGAAGAGAGGAGGGGUCGUAACUGUACUGGACGUGUUUUUGGUCGUGCAUUGCCCAAAGGUCCCCUUGAUUCCGGAAAACUUAAUGCUGUAAAAGAAGCCACUUUCAGGAAAUAUCCAUGCCACCCAUCUCUUAUUGACAUAACAUGGAAAAAAGAAUGCAUAACAGCCAUUGAUUCAGGAUUAAGAAACGAAACAAGAACCAGGGUGAAAUCACUUGAAAACCAAGUCAAUGUUCACUUUAACGGAGAGCCUAAGGUAGAUUAGUCAUUGACUGUAAUAUUCAAAGGUUUUAAGUGUUUAUGAAUGUUGCAUGUUUUAUUAUUAGCUGUUUGAUGACAGCAUGUAGAGCGUACUUGAUAAGCAAACAUAUCAUGUCCAUUGUUAUCAGCAAAGAUAGCUUGAACUUAAAUUUGCAUAUAACAUUCUCAUUUGAAUAUUUCCUGAUUGCAGCAACAAUGUAACUGUUGUCAUAAGUUCAUUUUUUGUAAUGUUCUUCUUAGUUCAAAUUAUUUUACAAAACAUACUUAAAUCUUUCUUUCA